ACUCUCGCUUACUCGCCAUGGACGCGGCUCAGCUCUAUAUGAUGCACACAGCGGCCGUCCAUCAUCCGAAGCCGGCCAGAGAACGUCACGUCUUCGCAGCAAUCUUCAGUUUCGCGCACGUUAUCCUCCUUUGCGUUGCGCUAGGGCAAGACCAAUGGUCGACGAAGGCGUACAUUAGCGACGGUAAUUAUUACAAAAUCUACGGACUGUUUGGCAAUUCGUACGAAGGUCAACAGAAAGCGCUUGAUGCUAGUGUUCUCUUCUUCCUGUUCAUGAGCGUAAUUGUCAGUGUUGUGGCCAUGGUGUUCAGCCUGGGUUUUCCAAGACAGCGGUGUCACUGUUUUCGAGUCAAUUCGGUGGGAAACAUUGUGGCAGUUCUGUGUUGCGUAAUGGCGUGUAGCUUGUGGUAUUGGUUCAUCCACAAUGUGAACACACGUCAAACCACGUCUCAAUCUAAAAGCGUCUUGCCUACGGUCACAUUCGGCUACAGUUUUUAUAUCAUUGUGGGUGCUGGCGUCAGCUCUGUGCUCGCUACGGCCAUCAACCUUUUCCAGUCAAGGCAGCUGAAUCGUCGUGGCAAUCGACAAGGCACUGGUCACUACUCUAUGCUUUCCAUAUCGGCCGAUGACACGGAAUCGUCGUCGCCUCCGGCGUAUACUCCAUAGUUUUAUUGCAUGGAACUCAACAUCCAUGUUUGUAAUGUUGAUAGAUGGUUGAUAUCAAUGUAGGGGUGACAGUCAUUUCUAUUGGAAAUGCAGGUAUUGUAAUAUACGUAUGAAUAGACGUGCACGGACGGUUGUGCUGUGCUUCUCGAGUGUGUAUUUGCGAGGCCAAACUAUUUGUCAGUAAACAUAAUAAGAACUAUGUUAAAGUGUCAGGAA